AAAUCACUCUAUUUUCCAAUCGCGAGCGGGACGGUUCAAACAGCGCGCCUCUUCGUGGCGAUUUCAAAGAGUUUCCUACCAAGUCGGUCGCUUCCUGGCUGUCGGACGAGUUUUCGAAGAACUCGGGAAGGGAUCUGAAUUGUGCUGAGCAGUGGAAAUCGCAGAAAGUGCCCCGUGUGGCUCUAGUAACCGCCUUAGAGAGCCAGAAUCGAGUCGAAUCGAAGCGCAAAGAAAAAAGUUUUCGUCUCCCGAGGCCCGAAAACCACACAACGGCGAAUGAAAAGUGCGCAAAAAGAUAUAUGUAACACGACGAUUGCCAGGAAGACACGGAAGCGAAGGCAAUAAAAAGUACGGCGAACGCAAUCGUUACAUAUUACUCAUUCGCUCGGUUGGAAAGUUCUUCUUUUGUGCAGAAAUCAGAAAAUCAGAAAAUCGACGACGACCACACAUCAAAAUAAAUUACUAGAAAAAAUAACCACAACAACAACAAAGCAUCCUCAAGAAUCUCGCUCCCCCUCUCUCUCACUCUCUCUCUCUCGCCCACUCUCCUCCCUUUCUCUUGACGAAGGCGGAGAAAGAAGCAAAGCGAGACAACAAAAUAAUCUCUUUUCGCCGCCAAACAACGAGGAAAAGCAUUAGUUUUCAGCGAGCGGGCUUCUGCGGCAUUUAUGCCAACUGAUUGACUCACAAAAUGGAUUACAAAUUCAUCGUUUUCAACGCGGCGAGGGACAACAAUUUGGCGCAAUUGAAGGCCACGCUAUACAACAAAAGCUCCGGCGAAGUGGGCAGCCUGAUCUCGGCGAAAGUGAACGGGGCCACCCCGCUGGUCAUCUCCUGCCGCAACGGACACUACGACAUUGUAGAAUACCUAUUGACAAAGUGCCGGGCGAACGUGGAGCAAGUGGGGUCGGUCAGCUUCGACGGGGAGCCCAUCGAGGAUGCCCCACCGCUGUGGUGCGCAGCGGCCGCCGGCCACCUCGGCAUCGUCAAGAUGCUCGUCCGCCGGGGGGCGAAUGUCAACAGCACCACCAGGACGAACUCGACCCCGCUGAGAGCCGCCUGCUUCGACGGACACUACGAGAUCGUCAAGUAUCUCGUGCACCACGGAGCGGACUUUGAGGUGGCGAACCGACACGGGCACACCUGCCUGAUGAUCGCCUGCUACAAGGGCCACUUCCGCAUCGCCCAGUAUCUGCUCUCUCUGAACGCGGACGUGAACCGCUGCAGCGUGAAGGGCAACACGGCGCUACACGACUGCGCCGAGUCGGGAUCCCUGCAGAUCCUCCAGCUGCUGCUCAAACACGGCGCCACCAUGGACGUGGACUUCUACGGAAUGACUCCGCUGCUGGCGGCCAGUGUCACCGGUCACAUGCCAAUCGUGGAGCACCUCAUCACAUUGCCCUGCGUGAGCAGGGAGUCGAGGAUUCACGCUCUGGAACUGCUGGGAGCCACGUAUGUGGACCGCAAGAGGGACAUGGCAGCGGCACUCACUCUGUGGCGUCGAGCGCUGGAGGAGCGUGCACUGGAGCCACCGCUGGAGAAGAAGGUUCAGGAACCAGUGCCGGCCUACGAGAUGGUUCGUGAGGUGACCAGCGUGGAGGAGCUGGAGGAGAUGGUGUUGGAUCCCGAUGAAAUGCGAAUGCAGGCUCUGGUCAUUAGGCAGCGCAUUCUAGGACCUACGCAUCCGGACACCAGCUACUACAUCCGAUUUAGGGGUGCCCACUAUGCGGACGCAGGUCGCUUUGACCGCUGCAUCGAACUCUGGUCCUACGCGCUGACCAUGCAGCAGAAGAUUCUGCAGCCUCUCAGCCCGAUGACGCAAUCCUCGUUGCUGUCCUUCGCCGAGCUCUUCAGCUUCAUGCUGGUGGAGGCGGGUCGCUUGCUGCCGAGAGGUCGAGUGGUUCCUCCAAUCGAGGCGGACGGCAUGCUGACCAUCUUCUACAAGGCUGUCAAGGAGGUGGAGCGAGGUCAGGCCUUCACGCUGGAGCAGCAGAAGGACCAGCAGCAACCGCAGAAGCAGCUGCCGGCAGCUGACAAGUCGCCAUCUUGCUCGGCUUCCUCAUCCUCAUCCGCAUCUUCCUCCUCCUCAACGACGCUGAUUUCGGCGCAUCAGCACGAUUGUAACCACGAUCCGAAUGCCCUGAGUCGCACCAUGAUAAGUGCCAUUCACAUAGGCUGUCUGCUGAGCUCCCUGCUGGACACGGACGCCCUUACUCCGGAGAUGCGUCGCCAGGUGAUGGGCGCCCUGUACCGCCUGAAUCGCUUGAAGGUGCGCGUUCGGUUCGACCGGACCGCUCUGCACUACGCCUGCUAUCGGGAGGGCACGCUGGCCGGUCGCUAUCCCUCCUGCCAGUUCCCCUCGGUGACGCUGGCGAAGGCCCUGCUGGAGGUGGGAGCGGAUCCGAAUGCCAUCGACGAGGCGGGCAACACGCCUCUCCACCUGGCCACCAUGCAGCCCUAUGUGGAGCCACUGUCGCACAUCCUGCUGGAGGGCGGAGCGCAUUUGGACACCAAAAACUAUGCUGGCGAGACGUUUGAGAGCCUGCUGGCCCCCACGCCCAUGCAUAAGAUCAUCGACCCGAUGAAGUACACAACGCUGGCGUGCCUGGCUGCAAGGACGAUCAAGAAGCAUGACAUCCGCUACGAAGGAACCGUGCCAGCCACUCUGUACGAGUUCAUCGAGCUGCACUAGAGACGAGGAUCGGGACGAGGACUGGACGAGAGUCAAGCACUCAAUUCACUCAAUCACUCACUCGAGCAACCGAUCAGCCGAUCAACCGCCUGCCCGCCCGCCAUCCACACAAGCAUCCAUUAAAUACUACUACUAUGACUACCGUCUAUUUACUGUAUAUUUAGAGAUGGAGAGAGAGUUCGAAACUAUGCUGAAUGAAGGAGAAGUGAAAGUGAAACUGAAACUGAAACUGAAACUGGACGAGAUCGUUACUAACGACUGGAAAUGGAAACUGAUUUGUGAUGUUAGCAAGCGAAGUGCCUGAAUCGACGGAUCAGGACGAUAACUACAACUGACAACGAUAACAAAACAGAAGCCAACAGAAAGGAAAAUCAGGCAGACAACCGAAGCAACGCAAUGAAAAGUUCUAGAAGAGAUGAUUUGCUGUCUUUGAAUUUUGCUUGCGAAAUGUGUUGAAAGUUUCUUUUUAAUUAUGUGUUCUUGCUACUCUAUUUUGUAUGACUUAUGAUUAAAAUAAUAUUGUAUGUACUUGUACUAUAAAUAUGACCAAAAGCCUGGGCGUGAUUGAGCAGUUUAAUUUUAAUUAUCUGGCCCACAGCCGGUGACUCCUCAACGCUGCUUCAAUCAGGCCCAAGCCACGGAAAAUCCAAAAACCACAAUACCUAUAAAAAAAUCACAAAAAAACACCGGCCACCACCACAACUCACGUCUUAGUGAUGCGUUUGUUUAUAAACGAGAAAACGAAGUUUUGGAAAUAUACACACUGUAAUUAACAACAAUAAUCAACCACUGGUUUAUACCUGGAACUAAACGUACUAAACCCAAAGCAACAUAGCACUUACCUAAAGAACCCAAAUGCAAAACCAUAAUAUACGAUAUCUAUAUGUGUAUAUAUUAGCGUGUUCCAAUCCCAGGCAUGGGGCUUUGGAAUAUGUGCUUAGUUUGCUUAUCGGAGGAUUUUAAACGCAGAAGCAGCAUUGAAGUGCAUGGUAAAAUACACUGGUGGCUAGAAAAAUAUGUUGUUAAAAUUGGUUGAAUUUUUUAUUUUACUUCAUUUUAAAGAAAAUUGAGAUCGACAUAUUUAGCAAAUUAACUAUGUUUGUUAUACAAAUAUUAUAGAAAUCUAGUUUAUAAUGUAAUUAGAACCCGCCUGCUUUAGCUCUAGAACAGCUAAAUAUUCAUAUUUCAACGGGUAUAUAAAUAAUUGUGAGAUGGCUAUUAACUUAAGUCGGAAAAUCAAGGCCGUUUCCACUUUUCUAGCCACCAGUGUGUAGUGACAUGCAGUUCAAUGUCCAUACAUAGGGCAAAUGCAAACGUAUAAUUAUUGUAUCUAUGCUAAGCCAUGCAAAUGCGAAAUCGCAACCCUAGCCAUGUAAGUCUUUCCAGCGGAUAAAGUCGAACUUGGCUCCAUGAAAACCACGAUUGUUAAUGGAGAGCAGGCUUUACUCUGGGAAUGUAUUUGGUUAAUAAGACUGUGCAACAAAACGCUGAUCAUUUUGUUAACAAAAUAUGUUAAAGUUCAGUUUGUUUCAAAAAAAUUGGUUGACUUAAAAUUUGAAAUGGAAAAAAAUAAUUGCUUACUUUAAAAACAAGUAACUUUCCUUCUUAUUUUGAAAACUGGUGAGCAAUUCGAAAAAUCUUUUGUUGCACAGUGUUUAAAGCUUUCGCUGAAGAAUGUGUUUGAUUGCCUGUCUUUGAAUUGUCUGUAUGUAUGUAUGUAAAACCUUAAUCUAAAGAAUAUUUUCGAGACAGAAAUAAAACUGAUAACUAUUUUAAAUAAAGAGUAUAAAAGCA